UCCGCCUCACGCCAUUGCAGGUUGCAAAGAGUCCACCCGAGAAGGGGGCUGCGCCUUCUCCCUGGGCCACGCCUUUUCCCGGCCCACGUGGCCCGCCGCUUCCUUCCACCCACGUGGGGCGGACUGGGUGCUGCAGCUAUGGCAGUCGUCACCGGUCGCAACGCUGUGCACGGAUCGGGCCUUGCGUUUGAGCUCAGCGUUCCUUUCCCGUCAUCGUCGCUGGCACAGAUUGCACUGGGCUCCUUGGCCCCAGACCCUGAGCCCCGCAAAGGAGGGAUCAGCAAAGAACUGAAUGUGACGGACAACAUCUUGCAUGUCCGUUGGAGAGCGGAUGAGGCUCGGAUCUUACGUGUUUCUAUCAACUCCUUCCUGGACCACCUUUCAUUAGUGGUGGAGACUAUGGACCUCUUUGGGCCCCCUGUGCCUUGAUAGAUUGCCAUGCCCAGGCAACAGGAAGCAACAGACUUCCCAGCCGCCUUAGCUGGGCAGUGGACUAGCCUAUUGGUUGCUGAUGGUGUCUGAGAAGGCACUAGACAAUCCAUCCUUCAAGCCAAGAUUAAAGGGUGGGGGGCACUUUGUUCUCUGAUGUUUAGAAACCUUGGGUACUGAGGAAUAGGCAAACCUGGAAUUAUCUUGGUAUCAGAGAGGGAGAGAGAGAGAGCGCGCGCGCGGGGAAUAUCAAGAUAAUGUAUAUUGAAAAGUUUUAAUGCAUUAUCCAAUACACUUUAUAGACUGCUUAUAUCUAUUGUUGAUUACAUAUGUUUAAGCAAUGAACCAUAUAGAUCAAUCUGUUAAGUGUACACAGGUGUACAUAAGCAAAAUCUGAAAUAAAGGGUUUUUUUGAGGCUCCUGUA